AUGUAUGGCAGUACUAGUACAUCCGAUUUCCAAACGCUUGACUUGGACGAUUGUCGACCGGCGGCGAUCCGACGUCACAAGAUCCAUCUUUGGCGAUCGAUGAAAGUGAUGAUCAGCUCAAGACUUUUCCUCGGAUUUUCGCUUAUUUUUGCGCUGAUGAUGAUCGUUUAUCAACGAAUGAGUAUCGUCAAUUUACAGAAAUCUCUAGACGAAACGCCGCGUGGCCGUCGCUCGUUGUACAGUUCGGAGAAUGAAAUCAGAGAUGAUUAUUUGCCAAUUUAUGCUGAAAUGACUAAAUCCCAACUGAAACACUUAUGCGAAAAGCAUUCGAUAACGAUCGGUUUUGAGGCAAAGAAACACCGAAAAAAGUCGCAUUCGGAUAGAAAACAUUGUCAAGUGGACGUGUCAAUGACCGCACCUCGACUUGUCACAAAACGACCGCAUUCGAUUGGAGCCGCGCUAAGGGGAUGGGAAAUAUUGGUAGCUAUC